UUUAUGUUUAUUAUUUUUAUUCAUUUACAUCAAUGUCAAGCAAUAGACUGUUUCAAAUGUAUGUCAGUUGGUGGUGACAAUAAAGAGUGUGACGACCCUUUUCAUAACAAUGGAUCAAUUGGUUUUCUAGAAUCACCGUGUUUAAGUGGUCGUAAAGGACGUGAUGGUCUUUUUCCGGCUACUUCUUGUAUUAAACUUUCAGGAUUUUAUUAUGAUACUGGAGUUUCAUUAACAAUUAGAACAUGUGCAUUAGAUAGUGGAACACUUACUACUGACUCUGAAAUAGUACGAAUGUCACAUUGUGGUGGUUUUUAUUUCGCUGAUAAAUAUGUUCGCGGCUGUGUUCAAUCCUGUAAUGACGUUGACGCUUGCAACUCUUCGAUAUCAAUAACCAAAAUAAAUAUCUCUCAUUACUUAAUGUUCAUCAUAACAAUACAAUUUUUAUAUAAAAACUUAUAA